ACAACAAUCUGGGGCCUCCUAAUGCACCCACACACCUCACACACAGGUUAGUAAGAAAUAUUGGGUGGUGAGAUAGAUCAAUGAGUAAAGGUGCUUGCUGCUAAGCCUCACUACCAGAGUUCAUUAUCAAGGACCCACAUGGUGGAAGGCGAGAAUCAAAGCCCUCAAGAUGUCCUGGAUCUCCCCAUUUACACAAAAACCACACAAACCAAUGAACCAACGUAGGGGUUGGUGAAUGCCCAGCCCGUACAUCCCCUGCACUCACUUUUACACUAGGGAUGUUCCAAAAGCCCUCUGCUUGUUACUCCCACAGUUGGGGAAACUGAAGUUGACUCAGGACGCGCCCCUUGGCACAGGCUGCCCGGAUGCCUACAAAGUCCGUCCCCCUCUAUUCUUAGCCCUGUGAAUUCCAAGCGGGGAGGACGGUUUUGCUCACAGCUGAGUCACCGGGAUCUCAGAAGAGUUUCCCCCACGUCCUUCCCGCCCGGUGACCGGAAAAAGUCGAACAGUUCAGGGGCCAGAUCGUCACGUGGCUCGGAAGGAACGGGCGUAGAGAAAACUCCCGAGAUCGUCCCACUCUUGGGUCACCGAGACGACGGGGCAGAGGGUCUCCCUGGGCGGCUAAGCCCCGCCUCCGCCCGCAGCGGAAGCCGGAAGCAGCCGCAGGCCCCGCUAGCCCCGCGGCGUGCAACUCGGUAGUCUCGGAGGCUCGCAGGAUGGGGGAGAAGAUGGCGGAGGAGGAGUUCUCCAACACAACCCAUGAAAACUUCAGCUUCACCCUUCACACCACCCUGGGUGUCACCACGAGGCUGGUGCUCCCGACACCUGCCAAACCCAUCCUUCCGGUGCAGACAGGGGAGCAGGCCCAACAGGAGGAACAGUCGAGUGGCAUGACCAUUUUCUUCAGCCUUCUCGUCCUAGGUGCUAGGAUUAAGUGUCUGCCACCUUGCCAGGCUCCGAGGAUGGUUUUGAACUCCUGCUCCUCUUUGCCUUCACCUGUCUGGACCACUGCAGUGUGGCACUGCACCUCACUCAAAGCCAUCUGCAUCAUCCUGGUGCACCUGCUGAUCCGGUACCGACUGCACUUCCUGCCUGAGAGUGUGGCUGUCGUUUCUCUAGGUAUUCUCAUGGGAGCAGUUAUAAAAAUUAUAGAGUUUAAAAAGCUGGCAAAUUGGAAGGAAGAAGAAAUGUUUCGCCCCAACAUGUUUUUCCUUCUCUUGCUCCCACCCAUCAUCUUUGAGUCAGGAUAUUCACUGCACAAGGGGAACUUCUUUCAGAACAUCGGCUCCAUCACCCUCUUUGCUGUCUUUGGAACGGCUAUCUCUGCUUUUGUAGUAGGUGGAGGAAUUUACUUUCUGGGUCAGGCUGAUGUAAUCUUUAAACUCAACAUGACAGACAGUUUUGCAUUUGGCUCCCUGAUAUCUGCGGUUGACCCAGUAGCCACUAUCGCAAUUUUCAAUGCACUGCACGUGGACCCUGUGCUCAACAUGCUGGUGUUUGGAGAAAGCAUUCUCAACGAUGCAGUCUCCAUUGUCCUAACCAACACGGCUGAAGGUCUAACAAGAAAACAUAUGUCGGAUGUCAGUGGGUGGCAAACGUUCUCACAGGCCCUCGGCUACUUCCUCAAAAUGUUCUUUGGCUCUGCAGCACUUGGCACUCUGACGGGCUUGAUUUCUGCAUUGGUGCUGAAGCACAUUGACCUGAGGAGAACACCUUCCCUGGAGUUUGGCAUGAUGAUCAUUUUUGCUUACCUGCCAUAUGGGCUGGCAGAGGGAAUCUCACUCUCAGGCAUCAUGGCUAUCCUGUUCUCUGGCAUUGUGAUGUCACAUUACACACACCACAACCUCUCCCCAGUCACCCAGAUCCUCAUGCAGCAGACCCUCCGGACAGUGGCCUUCCUAUGUGAAACAUGUGUGUUUGCAUUUCUUGGCCUGUCCAUUUUUAGUUUCCCUCACAAGUUUGAAAUUUCCUUUGUCAUUUGGUGCAUAGUACUGGUACUGUUCGGCAGAGCUGUCAACAUCUUCCCUCUGUCCUACCUGCUGAACUUCUUCCGAGAUCACAAAAUCACCCCCAAGAUGAUGUUCAUCAUGUGGUUCAGUGGCCUUCGAGGGGCCAUCCCCUAUGCCCUGAGCUUGCAUCUGGGCCUGGAGCCCAUGGAGAAGCGACAGCUCAUCGGCACAACCACCAUUGUCAUUGUGCUCUUCACCAUCUUGCUCCUGGGAGGCAGCACCAUGCCUCUCAUCCGCCUUGUGGACAUUGAGGAUGCCCGGGCACGCCGCAGGAACAAGAAGGACGUCAACCUCAGCAAGACUGAGAAGAUGGGCAAUGCCAUUGAGUCAGAGCACCUGUCUGAGCUCACCGAGGAGGAAUAUGAAGCCCACUACAUCAGACAGCAGGACCUCAAAGGCUUCAUGUGGCUGGACGCCAAGUACCUGAACCCCUUCUUCACACGGCGGCUGACACAGGAGGACCUCCACCAUGGGCGCAUCCAGAUGAAAAGCCUCACCAACAAGUGGUAUGAGGAGGUCCGCCAGGGCCCGUCGGGCUCUGAGGAUGAUGAGCAGGAGCUAUUCUGAGCCCACGGUGCUCUAUGCCCAGAAGAUGAUGCCUCGUGCAGCCUUCUCAGAACACGGGAUGGUAGGUUGAGGGCUAGUCUUAGCUAGGAAGCCUCAGGCCCUUGGAGAGUGCUGACUUUGGGAAUGUGACUGGCCUCCAUGGCUCAUGAGCCAGACCUGCCCUGGUGUAUCUGGGCUUGCAGAGCAGAGGAGGGCAGCAGCCAGCCUCCUUCCUGCUUCUGUGCCAGGCCCAGAGAAAACUUGGGAGGCUGGCUUGCUCAGCUCACACCGUGCCAGGGCCACACCUUCCUUACACCUCUGGAGCAGCUGUUGGCAGGCACAUCUGCUGUUUGUCUCUGCAUUGUCAAGGUGCCUUGGUGGUGGUGGCAGCGGCGGCAGCAGCAGUCUCAGGCCUGGUGCCAAGGCUGAGAGACUUUAAAAGCCCCACAGUCCCUGUCCUGUGUCCCCCAAAAGAAAGGCUGAAGGACCUUUUUCUUGCCAUGGAACUGGCACCUCUCAGGCCUGCCUUUGGGCAGACAGUUGCAGCCCUCUUGUGGGCAUACUGCAAAUGUUUACACUGGUGCCUGGUAGGGAUCAGCCUGCAGGCUUCUAGGAAAGGUGUUGUUGGCCUAUCCCCCGGGUUUGGAUGGACUACUCUCCAAAGAGACAAAGGGGGUCUUUUGACCCUGGAAGCACAGAAUCCUUGGGGGCACCUUUCCCAAGUGUCGGAGCUACUUCCAUAUCCUCUCUCCUCUUCACCACUGCCUCCUCCCUCACCUUGUCCUCUGCCCUCCGUGCCAGGACCCCAGAUCUCCAAGACACUGGGGCAGGGGCCAGAGCACAGCCGCUGAGACCAGGGCUCCCUACUUCAGCCAAUUGCCUCUUGGGAUGCCAGUGACUUUGGGUCACACAAACACACUCCCAUGCAUGUGUCAGUGUAAGGCGUGCUGGAUCACACCACAGGCAAUGGUUACUGCCUCAUGUCCUCACCUGCUCUUUUAUAGCUGCUGCAGUCUCCCCUUCCAUGGCCCUUCAGCAACUACUCAUGUGGCCAUAGUUCCUUGCACCCCAGGUGGCUUAGUUGUUGUGUAUGGCCUUGUCCUCACAAUGGGGACACAGUGGGCCUGAGUGGGCUAGUUGCAGGUGUUUCCCACCUCAGGUGCUGUGGUUCUGCUGUUAGAAGACAGCUCUCCACCUCACUUGCUGCAGAAGGUGGCAGAGUUGGAAGCGUGUAGUUUGUUUCUGUACAUAAGGUCACUUAUCCUUGGCAUAGCCAAGAUAUGGUCCUCUCCCCUGUCUCUCACUUUAACCCUGGAGCUGGAGCCACCCGUGGCCUUGUGUAAUUGGGGGUGGGACUGAGGUCAAGCUGGAUUCUUCUCUUUCCAGAACUCAGGCUCUGUCUCUAAGAUGGAAGUUGCUUUCCAAGCUCAGUGCUUUCCUUGAGCAGUGAGGCACUGGGGUGUCACUUACUCAGCCCUUGUCACCAGGUCUCUGACACGGCACUCUUGGCCAAGACAUGAAGUGAUCUUCUGGGAACUUGGUGGGAGGACUGUUGCACCAGCCCUGAACACCAGCAGGCACCUCUGCCCCUUCCUGGGGAAUGUGGGCUUAGCAGCUGGGAGAGUGCCCAGCCCUCAAGGGCCCAUGGCCAGGGAGCAUAGCUCUAGAGGGGAUUUCUCAGAAGAGAAACAAAUGGUUACUACCACCUUCUCAGACCUGCCCAUCCUGUUGUGUGCAGCAGUGGAUGUGUAUGGUAGAAGGGGACCCAGUUGUACUGCAGAUUUCAGGUCUAGGCCAAGGGACAGGCCAGCUGAGCACACAGAAGGUAAUACUUCAGAGUGAGGGGCAUGGCUGCCCUUGGAGAUCUGGCACUUUAGCCAGUGGGCAGGCCCCACCCUGAAGUUCCUGGUGGCGCAUCCCUGCAGUGUGUUGGAGCCAAUUCUUGGGAUCAGUGACCUUUCUGCAGUGUUAAGGUCACAGGGUUCCUCCGAACAGCUUCCAGCACUUUGGGGUGAAACCUGACAGGCUGACGGCCUGAUGUGCAGAUUCGUUUCUGUGCAGUAGAAUGCCAAGACUGAGCAGAGAAGCCUUCUUAAAACCCACCCUAAGGACUACUAGGUCUACAUGUCCACGGUAGGUUCUGAGCUGGAUGGCUGCUGCCCAGACCCCUCCCCCUUAGCUGUGGAGGUACAUAUGAUAGAGAUCAGCUGUUCCUGGCUCCCAUGUGAGGAGGAAUUCAGUAGUGUCUGCCAUCCAUGAGGUUUCUAAGAUGCCACAUGGAGACAGGAGCCCUUCCCAUUCUCUCAGAAAUAGCAGCUUGAUUUCUCUGCUGGCUGGUGCCCAGGAAACCAGGUCCAAGCGGUAGCAGCAGCAAGUCACUGGGUUCUCUCAGGGUCCCAGAACCAGGCUGUGUUACCUAAAACUGAAUGGUAGGAGGGAAGGAGGGCCUUGUGGUGCCCCUGCUUCUUCACCUAGCCCUCCCACCUGUCCACCCAGUUUCAGACGAGGGAGGUGCUGUGGCCUCCUCACCGAGGCAUGAUCAUGUGCAGUCAUGGUGGGACAGGCCACUGUUGAUAGCUGUAGCCCUGAUCUCCAGCCAUGGUACUGGGUGGGGACUGGUGGAAUCUCCUACCUCACCAGAGAGAGGUUAAAGGCUCUCUUCACAAGCCUGGGUUCCUUUAUUCUCUGACAGUGGAAGGCUUUGGAGGAGCAACGUUUCUGUUGUUUGGGGAGGCAGGUGGGAGCCAUGUGUGUGAAGUCCCUGGGACCUGAGGGACCCUUUGCUGCUUUCUGGAAGGGGCCUGGGCCUGAGCAGUGCGAAUUGUGUCACUCUGCUGGAGUCCCCCCUCACCUGCCUGCCUCCCUCCCCUCACCACGUCCCUGAAUAGUUAGAAAUAAAAGGCUGUGGAACCAGA